AUGCCCAGCAUGCCAUGCUCCAUUUAUUCCGCAAUGCAUCUAUUUCUUGCAUUCCUUUGCGAACAUAUAGAGUAUUGCUUCAGGGGCCAGAACGAGGUCCGCUCGAUCACCUUUUCCGACAACCGCGAGCAGGUGGCGAAAACAUUUGGAAGAAGUGGAAGCCUAGCAGAGUACACAAUGCUUAUCAUUGAGGUUCACCAGCCCGGCAGGCUUAAUUUCGAAGCAACCGAAGACGCGCGGACAAUCCGAUACAGCCAGGCUCUUAUAUCACGACAUUUUCAAGAUGGCCGAAGCGUAAAAGGCACUGCGCGACAGCUGUCGGGAAGAGAAGUUUCCGCAUUCGACAUCGAACCAAUCCGCCUGUUCGAGCGUGACGGCCAAUGGCAUUCCCUAGACAACAGAAGGUCAUGGGCCUUCAAGACGGCCAGGUGCCCUCAAGUGCCGGUUGUUUACGUGAGCGUGAAUGCCAAAGUCCGCAGAGAAGUGAACAGAAAGUUCACGACGGUGGACGGCGGGCUGUCCAUUCAGUUCUUAGACUAG